AGCUACUACUCGAGGAUAAGGCUGCUGUUACUGUGAAGAUCACGUACAAUACACAUCACUGUGUUUGCCAGUAAAGAAGAAACAUUAUAAGAAUAUCUGACAAAUUCAGUUGCUGAACAAGACAAUGUCUGACAAGACCGAGAUCCAAACCUCAGACCUUCUUGAUGCACACAGAGGGCGUCUAGAGGAAAACCCGGGCACUGGGCUAUUAAAUGUGAAGGAAGAGGAUGAGACAGAUGACAUGAAUAGUCAUCAGACUGAAAUACAUUGCUCCCUCCCUGCCGAUGAAGAUAACGCUGAUAUAGUGAAAGUUGAGAUAACAGAAGAUCUGUGUGUGACGCGUCAGCUAGAAGCAUCAGAUGUGGAAACUAGUGCCAGUAUCAGCCCAAGCCAUAAGGAUGUGACGCCUUCAGAUAGCUCAGAGGUUGAGCACAGAGGAGAACCAUAUGUAUCUGAUCACGUGAAGACUGAGGAAGAUGAAGUUCCUAUAAAUACGGCUACAGACCAUAAGGAUGUGACGCCUUCAGAUAGCUCAGCGGUUGAGCACAGAGGAGAACCAUAUGUAUCUGAUCACAUGAAGACUGAGGAGGAUGAAGUUCCUAUAAAUACGGCUACAGGGGAAUUUGCAAACUUCACUAAUCCAAGUCCUAGUCAUGUUGAAAGUACAGAUACUUCUUUUAAUCUUCUUCAAAAUCAAAGAAGCAACAUGGGAAAUGUAUGCUCUGAAAAUGAGAAAUGUUUUACCAGGAAAUCAAAUCUUUUAAGACAUCAGAAAAUUCGUACAGGGCAGAAAGAUUUUUCAUAUUUUGUAUGUGGGAAAUGUUUUACUCAGAAAUCAACUCUUAUUACACAUCAGAAAAUUCAUACAGGAGACAAAGCAUUUUCCUGUUCUGAAUGUGGGAAAUGUAUUGUUUGGAAAUCAAAUCUUAUUGCACAUCAGAAAUUUCAUAAAGGAGAGAAAGCAUUUUCAUGUUCUGAAUGUGGGAAAUGUUUUACUGAUAAAUCAAAUCUUAUUAGACAUAAAAAAAAUCAUACAGGAGAGAAAGCCUUUUCAUGUUCUGAAUGUGGGAAAUGUUUUGCUCAGAAAGUAACUCUUAUUAAGCAUCAGAAAAUUCAUACAGGAGAAAAAGCAUUUUCAUGUUCUGAAUGUUGGAAAUGUUUUACUGAGAAAUCAACUCUUAUUAAGCAUCAGAAAAUUCAUACAGGAGAGAAAGCAUUUUCAUGUUUUGACUGUGGGAAAUGUUUUGCUCAGAAAGUAACUCUUAUUAAGCAUCAGAAAAUUCAUACAGGAGAGAAAGCAUUUUCAUGUUCUGAAUGUGGGAAAUGUUUUACUGAGAAAUCAACUCUUAUUAAGCAUCAGAAAAUUCAUACAGGAGAGAAAGCAUUUUCAUGUUCUGAAUGUCAGAAAUGUUUUACUGAGAAAUCAAAUCUUAUUAGACAUCAAAAAAUCCAUACAGGAGAGAAAGCAUUUUCAUGUUCUGAAUGUGGUAAAUGUUUUACUGAGAAAUCAAAUCUUAUUACACAUCAGAAAAUUCAUCAAAUGCAAAAUGUCUAGCUCACUCCCUGAUAUCAAUCCUAUGCCCACUGAUAGUGCCUGCCAACGCUUAAAAUUAUCCAUAAUAAAUAAAAGCAUACAGCAACACCAGGUAUAUCCUUUCAAUUCUUUAAUCCAUGGCAAUGCAGUUGUACAACAACAUUUUGGGAAUUACCCCUUAGUCAUGUUGAAUAAAAGUGCUUUACAUCCAUAUCAAAUUCAAAUCCACAACGGAUACAAAACAAGGCUAACACAAUUAACCUUUCACCAUCAUCUAUAAAUAAGAUCCUAAAAUAUUUAAUAUUUCUAACUAUAUUUUAAUAAUACAAAUAUAUAACCUAUUUUAACAAACCCUGCUCAUAAGAUUUAUAGGCAAACUCUAAAUUUAAAAAAAUAUUUAUAAUUAAAGGGACAUUAUACACCAAUUUGAUAAAAGUGCACAUAAAAGACCGUACUGUAAAUAAGAAUAUGCACAUAUACUGAUCUAAAAAUCCAGUAUAAACCUUUUACAAACUUACUUAGAAGCUCCCAGUUUAGCAAUGUUGAUGAAGUUAGGCUGGUACACCCCAUGAAAGGGGCUAAGAAAGCAGACACUCCCCCCUUCCCUGUAUAUGAAAAGAAAGAUUACACAAACAGGAGCCAGCAGGAGUCUGUAAAUUACACGUGUGCAUCUGAUAAUUUGGGGCUUGGGUAGGAGUAUGAAAAUCAGCACAAUGUUAUUAAAAAAAUAAGCAAAACUAUACAUUGUUACAAAAACACUCCCAGAUGGGCUAUAUUAAUGGAUCAUCUCCAAAACAUUUACGCAAAAAAUGCCUUUGGGUACCAGGGUAUUAAGAUGAAAAAUCCAAUAUGGUUCCCUACUUUUCAAUAAUAAUUCCCUAUCUCCACCCCAUAUGGGUAAUUUAACCUGUUCUAGUAUUUGGAAGCACAGUUGAGACACUGGAGCCUCCUCAUAUUUGGUAUGAAUAUAAGCUCUAUGUUCCACAAUACAGUUACACACUCUACGGUUGUUCUCUCCUAUAUACAUUUUUCCACAUGGACACUUAGUAAGGUAGACCACAAGACCAGUAUUGCAUGUAAAGUAUCCCUUAAUAGGGUUUCUUUUACCAGACAUUGGACAUUGCUCUAAUAAAUUAUCCCUUAAUGAGGGUGCACGUUUAUAAGUUAUGGGAGUAUUCUUAAAAGCAUUAAUACUUGUUUUUCUGUAUAUUGUCCCUUUACUUUGUAUGUCUUUUAAAUGUUUUUUUAACCUUUUUAAUAAAAGUCUGUAAAUGUCUGCUAUAUUAGUUCAAGUAAAAAAAAAGUUGUAUAAGGACAGAUUUGCUGUUGGACUCUAUUACCUGCUGAUUAUGGCAUAAAUGCAUCAUUAUUUAAUCAAAAAGUAUAACUUGUAAUAAAGGUAAUUUUAAUGUAGAA